GAACAGACUUUUGCGAACACGUGUUCAGACAAGGACGGAUAACGCGAAGAAGGAAAAUAACCUCGACAGCGCGUUCUACGUCGGUCGCAGAUUCCAAAUUUUUCGAUGACGAUGAAAAAACUGUAUUUUUAAUAUAUUUUUCAUCUCAUACAUGCACGAUGUCGUCCAAGGACGCUCAAUUUCAGAACUACAAGGACGAUCCGCGAAUCCCUUGUCAAUACGGCGUUAAGUGUUAUCAGAAAAAUCCUCAGCAUCACAGCAAAUACAAACACCCGCCAAAAGAAGAAACGGUGAAGCAAGAAAAGACUGUCGCUGGCAUAAAGAGAAAAAAUCCUCUGAAAGAUGAUAAGAAGAGGACACAGCUGAAAAGUCCACAGAAAAAGUUGCAAAAGAUACAGGAGUUCUGUCGAAGAAAUUUGCACGACAUCUCCCUGAGUCCAGAAAGGAAUGAUUUCAGAAACAGCAAUGAAAACUCUAAUGUCAAAGCAGAAACAUCUGAUGAGGAUACAUCUGUCCUGCAGACAUCAUCUGAUCAGUCUAAUCAUUCGCCUGAAUCAUCAGCUGAGUGUAGCUUAGCUCAGAAUGCAUUGGCAUCCAAUGUCGAUGCUGAAAACAUUAUUAUGGAUCUGUUUCUGGUCGAGAUGCCAGCAGAUUUUUUUCAGUUCUAUGAAUUUUGUAAAAGUAUAUCGAAAGAUAAUCCCCUCUUAGCAUGUAAAUCUGUUCGUUUGAGACUGGUAGGUCCGUAUGAUGUGCUAGGUGGAAAAAUUAAGAGUUCUGAGAAUGAGAGCGAUAAGGAAAAGUACUUGAUACACUGGAGAUAUUAUUACGAUCCUCCGGAAUUUCAGACUGUUAUAAAGUGCGACGACAAGGAAGGAUUGCAUUUUGGUUACUGGCGAGAUAGUGCUACCGAGAAACCAGUGUUUGUAGCAAAAAGAGCAAAUGUGAACUGCAUAUUUGAACAUGUUGCAGAAAAUAUAUUUGGUGCUGUUGACGCUUAUUUGCAAGAUAAAGCAAAGUCAGCCAAUCCUUUCGAGAAGACUGGAAUAAUGCGUUUGCAUUCCCAGUUGAAGAACUUUGCUAAGCAGCAUAACAUAACUCUGGAGAAAAACAGCGUAAACAUGCGAUCGAGGGAGAGGCGAGUUGUAGCACGAACCUUUCACAAAGCAGGCAUUGUGGUGCCUUAUGAUAAGAAGACUCAAUUGGGUUACAGAGAUUUGGCAGCGACAGAUAAUGAUUUGCAGAAGAUACUAAAGCAGAUAGAGGAAGCUGGCACUUCGGACGAGAGAAAGACGUCAUUCGUGAAGCUCGAAGAAGUCGUGAGAUUGGCGACGAUAGCCGCGGACGAGUGCGACUUCGGUACUUGUUUGGAGCUGGGACACGAUCUCUUCUCGAACGGCGGUAUUCACGUUCAAACAAUGGCGUUACAAAUGCUGUCCAUUGCCUAUACUCAUUUGCAAAGGCUGCAACUAUUAAAAAUACUAGAGGCACAUUUGAAAAACAGAAAGAAAGAUUGCGAAUUAAGUGUCAUUUAAAAACAAACUAUUUGUGCUUAUAUAUUUAUGUAAAAGAUGGGGUUUGUGUGGUUAUAUAUUUAUGU